AUGGGUAAAGAUUUCCAGCUGCGCCUUUUGCCGUGGGUCCCAGAGGCCUGCAUCAUCCCGGAUGACGAUAUUCAGCUGCUCGCGGAUGGCCAGCAUCCAGAUCCCAAGCAUGUGCUCGGAGUGCAGGUCAUUGGCUCCAACGUCAUCCUGCGGUGUUGGAUUAGCGGAGCAGAAGGCGUGUCCGUGACAAAUGCCGAGGAGGUCUUUCUGCCCGAGCUCUCCGAUGCCCGCGAGGAUCCCCCGGAGCAGGUGGCCUUGCUUCCUGUGGAACGGUGCCCUGGAGACUGCCCUUGGCUCUUCGAACGGGCCUUCGAGUAUGUAGGCACCGACGACAAGUCGGAGCUACAGAAGUGGAACUACGAAGUCUGCAUUCGGUACCCGGGAGGCUCGAGCUGCAGCAUCACCUACCCGCACUCCCUAGGAGUCGGGGGGCAGACUUGGGCUGGGGUGUGUCAUAGGGUUUGA